AUGAGUACUGAAAAAGGACAUUUAGAACUUAACAAUGUUACAAGUGUUGGAAGUCAUUUACAAGCAGAUGAUCAUGAACUUAAUAUAAAUGCUGUUUUGUCAAAUCCUUUAAGUAUUGGAGAAGUUGGAACUACUUUAACUAAUGCACAAAAAGAUUUUGUUUUAAAAAGAUUACAUUUUGAUGCUUUAGAAUCAUUCGAUCAAUUACCACCAGAAUGUACUUUUAUUUUUGAAAAAAUCGAACAAAUGUCAACCGAAGAAGGUCUUGAAAUAUUGAAAGAAGCACUUAAAGAACAUGAAUAUGAUGUUAAUAUUCCAGAUCAUGACUUAGAAUUAUGGAAAGCAUUAAUUGAUUAUAAAUCACAAGGUAAAGUUAAUUUUCCUCCUUCAUACGAUGAAAAACAUCAAUCAGAUAAUUCAAUUGAUUUAAAGGGUCAUCCAGUCAAAGUUUCAACUCUUUCAGAUUCAAGUGAAUUUAUUGAUUCAAGUGUAAAUGAUCCAUCAACUGGUCAAGUUGAAAUUGUUGAUUGGGCUUUACAAGUCAAAUUAGAAGCUGUUUUACUUGCUUAUUGGUCACCAUAUCCUGAAGUUAGAGCUGUUACUUUCCCAUUUGAUGAUCCAACUAUUCCUGUUGAAACUAUUAGAGUUUAUAUUAUUGGUAUAGUUUGGACCGCUAUUGGUGCUGUUAUUAAUCAAUUCUUUACUGAAAGACAACCAAGUAUUUCUCUUGCUGUCUCAGUUGUUCAAGUUUUCUUAUAUCCAAGUGGUAAAUUAUGUGAAUGGAUUUUACCAAAUUACAAUUUUAAAUUAGGUAAAUUUUCUUUCAAUCUUAAUCCUGGUCCAUAUUCUUAUAAAGAACAAGUUUUAGCAACCAUCUUCUGUUCUGUUAGUGGUGGUGGUACUUCAUAUGUUUCUUAUAACUUACUUAUGCAAAAAUCAGAAGUUUUUUAUGGAAAUACUUGGGUUGAUUUUGGUUACGAAGUCUUACUUAUUCUUUCAACAAAUUUCUUAGGUAUUGGUUUAGCUGGUAUUAUGAGAAAAAUUGCAGUUUAUCCAGUUCAAGCUAUUUGGCCAUUAAUUUUACCAAAUUUAGCUUUGAAUAAAACAUUAAUGACUCCAAGUAAAAAAGAAAAUAUUAAUGGUUGGAAAAUUUCAGGUUAUAAUUUUUUCUUUGUUUGUUUCUUUGGUAUGUUUUUAUAUUUUUGGAUUCCAAAUUAUUUAUUCGGGGCUUUAUCAUAUUUUAACUGGAUGACAUGGAUUUCACCAAAUAAUUUAAAUCUUGCUGUUGUUACUGGUUCAAUUGGUGGUUUAGGUCUUAAUCCAAUUCCAUCCUUUGAUUGGAACAUUCUUAAUUCCAAUGAAGCAUUAAAUUUACCAUUUUAUAAUCAAACAAAUAUGAUUGUAGGUAUGUUCAUUGGUUUUUUUGCUAUUUUAGGUAUUUGGUAUUCCAAUUAUAAGUGGACUGGUUUCAUGCCAAUUAAUUCAAAUGCCCUUUUCACUAAUACUGGUGAACGUUAUCAUGUUACUGAAGUUGUUAAUAGUGACAGUUUAUUUGAUAAUGAAAAAUAUCAACAAGUUGGUCCUCCAUUUUAUACCGCUGCUAAUUUAGUUGUUUAUGGUGCUUUCUUUGCUAUUUAUCCAUUCCAUUUUGUUUACGAAUUUAUUUUACAAUAUAAACAAAUGAAACAUGCUAUGAUUCAAAUGUGGAAAACAAUAAAGAAUUACAAAUUAUCUACUUAUGAUGGUUUCAAUGAUCCUCAUUCAGUCAUGAUGAGAGCUUAUAAAGAAGUUCCAGAAUGGGCAUAUUUAAUUGUUUUGGUUAUUUCACUUGUUUUAGCUAUAAUUUGUGUUAAAGUUUAUCCAGCUCAAACACCAGUUUGGGGUAUUUUCUUUGCUUUAGGUAUUAAUUUUGUUUUCCUUGUUCCAUUAACUACAGUUGCUGCAAGAACUGGUUUUGCUUUUGGUUUAAAUGUCUUGGUUGAAUUGAUUGUUGGGUAUGCUAUUCCAGGUAAUGGUUUAGCUUUAGCUUUUAUUAAAGCUUUAGGUUAUAAUAUUGAUGGUCAAGCUCAAAAUUUUGUUAACGAUUUAAAACAAGGUCAUUAUGCUAAAGUUCCACCAAGAGCUAUGUUUAGAUGUCAAUUAUUAUCAAUUUUCAUUGCAUCAUUUAUUCAAUUAGGUAUAUUGAAUUUCCAAAUUACUGGUAUUAAAGAUUAUUGUGAUCCAUUAAAUCGUCAAAAAUUCACUUGUGCAAACACUAGAACUUUCUAUUCAGCCUCAGUAUUAUGGGGUGUUAUUGGUCCAAAAAAAGUUUUCGAUCAUUUAUAUCCUGUUUUAAGAUGGUGUUUCUUAAUUGGAUUUUUAUUAGCUUUCCCAUGUGCUGCAUUAAAGAAAUAUGGUCCAAGAAAAUUAGUCAAAUCUUUCGAACCUUCAAUUAUUAUCGGUGGUUUCUUAAAUUUCGCUCCAUAUAAUUUAUCAUAUUAUAUUGGUGGUGUUUACUUAAGUUUAGCAUUUAUGGUAUACAUUAAAAGAAAAUAUCAAGCUUGGUGGCAAAAAUAUAAUUAUUUACUUUCAACUGGGUUUGCAGGUGGUCUUGCUUUUUCAUCAAUUAUUAUUUUCUUUGCUGUUCAAUAUCAUGAUAAGAGUAUAAGUUGGUGGGGUAAUAAUGUAAGUUAUAAUGGUAUGGAUUCAAUGAUCUAUACUGUUGGUCGUCUCAAUGCUACUCUUCAAGCUCCAGAUGGUUACUUCGGACCAAGAUUUGGACAUUUCCCAUAA